GGUUUCCGCACUUAUCCCCCAGCUCGAUCUUAUAUACUCCCUGUCGCGUUCCUCAACUCGGGGACACCUUGUUUCGUCUCUUAUCGAGCUCGAUUCUAAACAAAAACGGCGACGCCUACACAUCAAUAUCUCCUCAAUUCGACACCUGUACGCCGCAGUUCUCAUUUACCUAUUAUUAGGAGAAAUGGCCUCAAUCGCACAAGAGAAGGCGGCUAAGUCUGGCCAAUUGACUGUUACUACCAAACAACUCCAACUCCCUAGCCACGAGGGGAGCCUAGAGACGCGUAGAGGCUCGAAUGUAUCGACGCCAUCCGCCACCGCGUCAAAUGGAUUCGACACCGACAUAGAAGCCAUGAUGCCAAUCAAAUCCUCUGAGCACCUAAACAAGACAUCAACUAUCGGGACUAGGCGAAAAUCGGACUGCCAAGUCUGGCCUGGACAAGAGCAUUGGCAGCAGAAGGCGAAGGCGGCGAGAAUCAACAAUCGGUCUUGCCAGUGCAUAGCUCGCAUGAGCAAGAGAAAUAGAAUCAUUGCAAAGAUCCUCAUUGGGCUCCUGAUAGUGGGCAUUGCCGUUGGUAUUGGCGUUGGUAUUAGCAAACCCCUCGGCGCAGGUAUCUGGCAACCUCAGAACCACUGACCGGCCGGAUUUGAUAUAAGAAGCGAAAGGCUUCGCAUGUUAUCGGAAAUACGCAUGUUUUAAAUUGCGACCUUGUUUUACGCCAACGACACCACUUGCUUUAAAAGAAAAAGCCAAGGAUUUUAUUCGGCCUACCAUUAUCCAUGUUUGGAGCCUAUCCGUGGCGGGAUUACCAAAAUACCCAACGCUG